AAGGUGAGAUCCUGGACCUGCCCCGUUUUGCUUGCUCUGCUGGUGGCCCCUGCUCGGCGCGGAUCUCCAGGCGUUGCGGGCGGUGAGGCCCCGGCUAGGCGCCGCCCUGGUCGCAGUUGGCUGUAGCUGCAGCGCGGCAGGGGGCGGGGCCGGCUGUCGGGGAGGCCCUGGGGGCACCGGCGCCUACCGGCCGGGCCGGAUGAUACAGACUGGGCUCCGGCUGCGGUGACAGGGGGCGGUCCGCCGCGUGACCGGCUCCAGUCACGUUGGACUUAAUCACAAUUAGCUUGUUCUCCAGGAUGGCCACGCUUACCUUUCUCCGAGCCCGGUGACCCAUGGGAUUUUUUUUUUUUAUGGUGGCUUUCUCUGAAAUGCCAAAGCCUCCUGAUUAUUCAGAACUGAGUGACUCUUUAACGCUUGCCGUGGGAACAGGAAGAUUUUCAGGACCAUUGCACAGAGCAUGGAGAAUGAUGAACUUCCGUCAGCGGAUGGGCUGGAUUGGAGUGGGAUUGUAUCUGUUAGCGAGCGCAGCAGCGUUUUACUAUGUGUUUGAGAUCAAUGAGACUUACAACAGGCUGGCCUUGGAACACAUUCAACAGCACCCUGAGGAGCCACUUGAAGGAACUACAUGGACACACUCCUUGAAAGUUCGGUUGCUCUCCCUGCCUUUUUGGUUGUGGACGGUUAUUUUUCUGGUACCUUACUUACAGAUGUUUUUGUUCCUUUAUUCUUGUACAAGAGCUGACCCCAAAACGGUGGGCUACUGUAUCAUCCCGAUAUGCCUGGCAGUUAUUUGCAAUCGUCACCAGGCAUUUGUCAAGGCUUCUAAUCAGAUAAGCAGACUACAACUGAUUGACACAUGAUAUCAGUCACCAUUUUUUCCAUACUGAUUACAAAACUGCCUAUACCAUCUGGAGUCUGAUCGCAAGACUGCAGUUCCUUCACAGUUCUCAGGAAGUUGUGGUGGGGCAGAAGCUUUUUAAAACAUGUGAUUAGAGGGGCUUUCUUUAUCUGAAUGAUACUGAAUUUUUAGGUAAAGUCUGAGAUACUACGAAAUCAUGUUGAUGAAGUCAGAUUUUGGAAGUAAUAUCAUGUCUGUUAUAUGCAUUCUUUAGAAACUUGAAUAAGCAGCUGAACUCAUAUUUUUAUUCUACUGUGCAACAUAGUGAUGAUUCAGUAUUUCCUUUGGGGAAAAAAAUGAAUAUUUCCAUUGUGUUAAAUGUAAAAAGGUCCAAACAUGGUCAUAAAAUUUAAAUUUU